GCAGGCAGUCCGGGAGCGCGGCUGCAGCGGCUGAGCCGGAGCCGGAGCCCGAUCGCAGCCCGCCGGGGCCCCGCCGCCGCAGCCAUGGGCAACCGCGGUAUGGAGGACCUCAUCCCGCUGGUCAACCGGCUGCAGGACGCCUUCUCCGCCAUCGGCCAGAACGCGGACCUCGACCUGCCGCAGAUCGCCGUGGUGGGCGGCCAGAGCGCCGGCAAGAGCUCGGUGCUGGAGAAUUUCGUGGGCAGGGACUUCCUGCCCCGAGGAUCUGGCAUCGUUACUCGACGUCCCUUGGUCUUGCAGCUGGUCAACGCCACCACAGAAUAUGCCGAGUUCCUGCACUGCAAGGGGAAGAAAUUCACUGACUUCGAGGAGGUGCGCCUGGAGAUCGAGGCCGAAACUGACAGGGUCACCGGCACCAACAAGGGCAUUUCGCCCGUGCCCAUCAAUCUCCGGGUCUACUCACCGCACGUGCUGAACUUGACCCUUGUGGACCUGCCCGGAAUGACCAAGGUGCCUGUCGGGGACCAACCUCCUGACAUCGAGUUCCAGAUCCGGGACAUGCUCAUGCAGUUCGUCACCAAGGAGAACUGCCUCAUCUUGGCUGUGUCCCCGGCCAACUCUGACCUGGCCAACUCUGAUGCUCUCAAGGUCGCCAAGGAGGUGGACCCACAGGGCCAGCGCACCAUUGGGGUCAUCACCAAGCUGGACUUGAUGGAUGAGGGCACUGAUGCCCGAGACGUGCUGGAGAACAAGCUGCUCCCCCUGCGCAGGGGCUACAUUGGGGUGGUGAACCGGAGCCAGAAGGACAUCGAUGGCAAGAAGGACAUCACGGCGGCCCUGGCGGCUGAGCGCAAGUUCUUCCUCUCUCACCCAUCCUACCGCCACUUGGCUGACCGCAUGGGGACACCGUACCUGCAGAAGGUCCUCAACCAGCAACUGACCAACCACAUCCGGGACACGCUGCCGGGGCUUCGGAACAAGCUGCAGAGCCAGCUGCUGUCCAUUGAGAAGGAGGUGGAGGAGUACAAAAACUUCCGCCCCGAUGACCCAGCACGCAAGACCAAGGCUCUGCUGCAGAUGGUCCAGCAGUUUGCAGUGGACUUUGAGAAGCGCAUUGAGGGCUCUGGAGACCAGAUUGACACCUACGAGCUGUCCGGGGGAGCCCGCAUCAACCGGAUCUUCCACGAACGCUUCCCCUUCGAGCUGGUCAAGAUGGAGUUUGACGAGAAGGAACUCCGGAAAGAGAUCAGUUAUGCAAUCAAGAACAUCCAUGGCAUUAGAACGGGGUUGUUUACCCCCGACAUGGCCUUUGAGACCAUUGUGAAAAAGCAGGUGAAGAAGAUCCGAGAGCCGUGUCUCAAGUGUGUGGACAUGGUUAUCUCGGAGCUAAUCAGCACCGUUAGACAGUGCACCAAGAAGCUCCAGCAGUACCCGCGGCUGCGGGAGGAGAUGGAGCGCAUCGUCACCACCCACAUCCGAGAACGCGAGGGGCGAACCAAGGAGCAGGUGAUGCUUCUCAUUGAUAUCGAACUGGCCUACAUGAACACCAACCACGAGGACUUCAUAGGCUUUGCCAAUGCCCAGCAGAGGAGCAACCAGAUGAACAAGAAGAAGGCUGCUGGGAACCAGGAUGAGAUUCUGGUUAUCCGGAAGGGUUGGCUGACCAUCAACAACAUCGGCAUCAUGAAGGGAGGCUCCAAGGAGUACUGGUUUGUGCUCACCGCCGAGAAUUUGUCCUGGUACAAGGAUGACGAGGAGAAAGAGAAGAAAUACAUGCUGUCAGUGGAUAACUUAAAGCUGCGCGAUGUGGAGAAGGGCUUCAUGUCAAGCAAGCACAUUUUUGCCCUCUUCAACACCGAGCAGAGGAACGUGUAUAAAGACUACCGACAGCUGGAGCUGGCGUGUGAGACCCAGGAAGAGGUGGACAGCUGGAAGGCCUCCUUCCUGAGGGCUGGCGUAUACCCUGAGCGUGUAGGGGCCAGCGAGACGGAAGAGAACGGCUCGGACAGCUUUAUGCACUCCAUGGACCCCCAACUGGAGAGGCAGGUGGAAACCAUUCGGAACCUGGUGGACUCGUACAUGGCCAUCGUCAACAAGACUGUGCGAGACCUCAUGCCUAAGACCAUCAUGCAUCUGAUGAUCAACAAUACUAAGGAAUUCAUCUUCUCGGAGCUGCUGGCCAACCUGUACUCGUGCGGGGACCAGAACACGCUGAUGGAGGAGUCGGCUGAGCAGGCGCAGCGGCGCGACGAGAUGCUGCGCAUGUACCACGCGCUCAAGGAGGCGCUGAGCAUCAUCGGAGACAUAAACACCACCACCGUCAGCACGCCCAUGCCCCCGCCCGUGGACGACUCCUGGCUGCAGGUGCAGAGCGUACCGGCCGGACGCAGGUCACCCACGUCCAGCCCCACGCCGCAGCGCCGAGCCCCCGCCGUGCCCCCAGCCCGGCCCGGGUCGCGGGGCCCUGCUCCUGGGCCUCCGCCUGCUGGGUCCGCCCUGGGGGGAGCGCCCCCCGUGCCCUCCAGGCCGGGGGCUUCCCCUGACCCCUUCGGCCCUCCCCCUCAGGUGCCCUCGCGCCCUAACCGAGCCCCGCCCGGGGUCCCCAGGAAGGGCCCAGCCUCGCCUACGCGACCUGCAGCCCCCCGGCCAGCUGAGACUCCCCUCUUAGACUUAUAAGGCUGUGGCCACUGGUGUCAGGCUGCCUGCCCUCCUUUCCUCCCGAGGGUCCUCCUUGGAGAAUUCCAGGGCUUUUUGAGCAUCCAGAGGGGCUUCCAGCGCCCCCUCCAGCCAUCUUUUUUUUUUUUUUUAAGCUCUGCACUGCUGGUUGAAGCAGUGUUCUUCCUCCUGUUUUUCUCCCUGGGGCCUGGUGGCUGCUGUGUGGGCCAAAGCUGCCCUUGCCUUUGGCCAGUAGAUCCAAAGGCAAGGCCAUCAGGGAGGAGGGCUGGGUGUGUGUCUAGGGCUGCGGGUGCACUGCCUGGGUGGUGUGUGAGAGCUGGUGUGAGUGGCAUCCUCCACCCAGACUGCCCCAAAGCUCUGGUCAGCCCCUUCCUGCUCCUCCGCCCAUCUUCCCUUUCUUUCCUGUCCAUCCCCUUUCUAGGAGCCCCACCCACACGAUCCACCUGCGUCUUCUCCCAGUCCCCGCCCCACCCACGCUGCUGUGGCCCAGUUGCUCUAGCCUUACCGCCUGUCUUCUUGCUCUCUCUGCCCUUCUCUCUUCUCUCUCUCACGGCCAGCCGAUCGGGUCAGGCAAGUCCGUCCCGUCCUGAGAGUCCCAGGCCCCCCUUCGACCUCUAAUCAGAUCCCUCCUCUUCCUCGGAGACCUCCCUGGCCAAGCCUGCCUGGCCAAGCUGUUGUGUGAUCUGACAAUGGCUCCACAGCCCCAAAGCCUCCCCUUCAUCUGUGACUUUGUCGUAUGGUGAGCUGACACAUCCAGGCGUGACAUUGGUGAAAAUGUGCGGUACUGCUCCUGCCCUGUUCUAUAAAUACCUAUAAAUACUCAUAUAUAUGUAUAUGUGCACACACAGGCAUACACGUAUAUAUAUAUA